CGUGGCUACUCCCCCUCUGCUGCUGCGUGCGCGUACCCCUGUAUCGCGUGGUGGGGAUCAUCCAUAUUGCUGCUAGUGGUGGAGUUAAGGUUGUAAUCCUGAGAGGCCCUCGGACACGUUUCUCUGUUUUAUACAGGUUUUAAUCCAGCACGGACUGCUCCGCGUCUUCCAUUGAAGCCCUGCUGGUCUAGGAGCGACAGAGGAGCGGCAGACCCCGCCGAGCAAGUCCUGAUUUCCUUGAUAUUGAAGCGGAUUCAGGCCGGGAGGAGGACUGGUAAUCCUGAGGGGGGAAGAAAGACGGCGGUGGGAAAUGGCCACUCAGGUGGAGACUCUCCUGCCUGGCAACCCGCUGGCGAAGGCGGAGGAGCAUGGUAAAGUGAUCCGCGGAGAGCCGGAGGAGGAGGAGGGCGGCCGGAGCGACGCGGCCGAGCGGCAGGCGGGGGUCGCCGAGCAGGGGAGCAGCAGCCCCGGGCAGGGAGGGACCCUCGGCACGGAGGAGCAGACCUCCACAGAAGCCCCGGAGAAGGGCAAAGGAGGCAGUGACAGCGACGAGAAGCAAAGCGAGGACGGUGUUAAAGGCAGGAAGGAGUUUACUGAGGCUCCCCCGCCCAAGGUGAACCCGUGGACUAGGAAAAUGAACGCGGUGACCGUGGUCAGCGUGAAUGGACAAGCACACCACGCAGAGCAGACCGGACCGGCUAAGGUGGUGAGAGCAGGAAACCCCCCGAAGGCCAGACGUGGAGGAAAGGUCGGGGAUUUCGGCGACACCAACAGCUGGCCGACUCCAGGAGAGAUCGCAACUAAAGACAUGCAGAUCGAGGCAGUGACACGGACCGUGUCCUGCCCGCCGACUGUCAGGCAGGUCAGAGACUCAUGGAGAUUCACUGGCCCGAAGAGGUUGACGACAGCCAAGAAGGAGUCAAAGGAGAAGAGAGAGAGCAUCGAGGAGAGCAAGGAGAACCUGAAGGCCAAGUCGGACGACUCUGGAGAGGAGAAGAACGGAGACGAUGACUCCCAGAAGAACGGGCCCAAGAAAAAAGGAAACAAACACAAGUGGGUUCCUCUGAUGAUCGAGGUGAAGUCUGAGGGUCCCAGGGAGCGCUCGGCCUCCAGGAACAACAGCAGACAGAACGAGAACCCCCGCGUGCCCCCCAACGCCAGGAACGACCUCAGAGACUGGCACAGUCAGAAGUACGAGCGAGAGUGGCGUGACGACCACGACGAGGUGUCCAGCGUGAAGAGUGAAGGAGCGCCAUUCCGUGGAGGGUUCAGAGGUCGCGGCCGUGGGAGAGGCAGAGGCAGAGGACGGGGCCGAGGUAGUGGGAGAGGCCACUACGAGUACCACUACGGCUACAAGUCCUACGACAUGAAGGACGCACCGUAUGGGCAGAAGUUCGGCAAUACGGUGACCUACUACUACGACAACAUGAGCAGCAACGACCUGUUCUCGGUGGACCAGGACCUGCUGAAGGACUACAUCAAGAGGCAGAUCGAGUACUACUUCAGCCUGGACAACCUGGAGCGAGACUUCUUCCUGAGGAGGAAGAUGGAUCAGGAGGGUUUCCUGCCUGUCGAGCUCAUCGCCAGUUUCCACCGAGUGCAGGCGCUCACCACCGACGUCAGCGUCAUCAUGGAGUCUCUGAAGGACAGUAAAGAAGUGGAAGUUAUCGACAUGAAGAUCCGUCGGAAGGUGGACCCGGAGAAGUGGCCUCUGCCGGGUUUGGGCAUGCUGAACCAAACACACACUGACUUCUCCCAACUGAUCAACUGCCCUGAGUUUGUCCCCCGACAGCUGACGGAGGAGCCCAGAGGCUCUCCCAGGGUGUCCACACCCAUAAAACAUCAGAACAGGACUGAAUCUGACAUCUCCAACCUCAAGACCAUGCCUAAAGGCCUCUCCGCCAGCCUCCCAGACCUGGACUCUGAGUCCUGGAUAGAGGUUAAGAAGAGGCCCAGACCGUCACCGGCCAGACCCAAGGUCAGCACAGAGAAGGCCCCCUCGUUGCAGCAGCAGCCGCCGAAGGAAAAGGAGGACUCUGUUCGCUCCCCGGGACCCCAGUCGGGCCCCCAGCCGGGCCCAUCGCCCUCCCCGGCUCCCUCAGGAACUAAGGACGGAGCGGAGCCGGACGAGCCGGAGGAGUUGGACUUCAUGUUCGACGAGGAGAUGGAGCAGAUGGACGGUCGCCGAAACACCUUCACCGACUGGUCGGACGAGGAGACGGACGGCGAGAUCGAUGACCACGACGUCAACAAGAUCUUGAUCGUGACUCAGACACCGCCCUACCUAAGGAAGCACCCAGGGGGUGACCGCACGGGACAGCACACGUCACGGUCCAAACUGAGCAGCGAGCUGGUCAAAGUGAUCAACGACGGGCUAUUCUACUACGAGCAGGACCUGUGGGACGACACAUACGAGCCGGAGUACGCCACCAUCAAGCAAGAGGUGGAGGCCUUCAAGAAGGUCCACCUGAUCAGUCGCGAAGAGUUUGACUGCCUGACCCCCGAACCUCCCGUCGACCCCAACCAGGAGGUCCCACCAGGCCCCCCUCGACCCCAGCAAAUCCCCACAGACGCUUUGGCGAACAAACUCUUCGGUGCCCCUGAGCCUUCAUCGAUAGCUCGCUCGCUCCCCACUACUGUGCCUGACUCGCCCAACUACCGCAGUGCCCGGACGCCCCGCACGCCCCGCACGCCACACCGGAAAGACCAGACAAUGACGCCGCGCUUCUACCCUGUGGUAAAGGAGAGUCGGCCCGUCGAUGCCAAGACACCCAGGAAGAGGAAGACCAGGCACAGCUCAAAUCCCCCCAUGGAGUGUCACGUGGGCUGGGUGAUGGACUCACGGGAGCAUCGAUCUCGCACCGCCUCUGUCAGCUCGAACGCCAGCCCGUCAGAGGGCACGCCUGUCCUCGGAAACAUCGGCUGCACGCCUCAGUCCCUCCCCAAGUUCCAGCACCCGUCACACGAGCUGCUCAAAGACAACGGCUUCACGCAACACGUCUACCACAAGUAUCGCCGGCGCUGCCUAAAUGAGAGGAAGCGGCUCGGCAUUGGCCAAUCACAGGAGAUGAACACGCUCUUCCGCUUCUGGUCGUUUUUCCUGCGAGAUCACUUCAACAGAAAGAUGUAUGAGGAGUUCAGACAGCUGGUGGUGGAGGACGGGAAAGAAGGAUACAGGUACGGUCUGGAGUGCCUCUUCAGGUACUACAGCUACGGUCUAGAGAAGAAGUUCAGGCCGGAUAUCUUUAAGGACUUCCAGGAGGAGACCAUGAAGGACUACGAGGCUGGCCAGCUUUAUGGACUGGAGAAAUUCUGGGCCUACCUGAAGUACUCCAAAACAAAGACUCUGGAGAUUGACCCCAAACUGCAGGAGUGCCUGAGCAAGUUCAAACGUCUGGAGGACUUCAGGAUUGAUCCCCCGAUGGAGGAAGGAGGCCGCAGGAGACACUCGUCCAGCGGGGACGGACGACGCCGGCACCCCUCUCAGCCCUCCAGUCGGCCCCACAGCCAGGCCAGCUCUGGCCCCAGCCCCGCCCCCACCGGCCAGGGCCCCGCAGCCAAGGAUGAUGCCAAACCCACCAGCAAGAAAGCCCCCGCUGCUGACCCCGCACCAGAUGCCAAGACACUGAAGUAACUCGACAAACACGCCAGCCAACACGGAUCCACUCGACUACACCUGCGAGUCGCUGGUUCUCUCUGCAACAGGAGGGGGAGGGGCUUCCCGCUCGCCAUCAAAGCAUGAGCUGUUUAGUUUUUUUCCCCAAGACGACUUUUGAUUGAGAAAUAAUCGUUUUUAAGUUUUGGAACAAAAAAAAGUUGUUAGUCUCAACGAGGCAAAGAACGGACGAGGUGUCAAACACUUUUCUUUUACAAUCAUCUCCGCUCCACUCGGUGGACGGCUCAGUGAGGAUUUACUCUCCUGGAAGUUUUUCUUUUUAUUUCAUUUGAAGUUUAUCUGGUGGACCCCCCUCCCUGUCCCUGGGACCCCCCUCCCUGUCCCUGGGACCCCCUGUUUGAGCGUCAUCGUCCUGCUGGCUGAAAGAUAUUUGACUCCUCGCCCAGAUCUCAGAUUUAUGAUUAUUAUUUCUUCGGCAUGUGGUGCGUUUAAAGACCUGCAAAUAGUCUGAAAUAGUUUGAAUGACACUGAGCAUCUGAAAUCCUGCGCUGGAGGCCAAGCUGCUCCUGACAUCCAACCGGACCAAAGCGGUUUGAACCGAGCGACUGAUAUUUCCACCUGCAGAGCCCCGGUGCUCUCUGAGUGACAGGCUGAAUCUGAACCUUUGAUUUGCUUCAUGGCUGGACUUUGAGGGGGACAGUAUUAAAGAACCAAAUGAGACCAGUAGUGGAAAGACUCAUUCAGACCCCUCAGUAUGGACACGCUGAUUGAAAGUUGCCUUAUUUUAAUGGUUUUACUGCUUCUAACUUGUGCCCGCCACUUUCUUGUCGAGUGUACAGCAUUGAGAUCACCCAUGUAUCUGCUCACCGUGUCCAGCAGAGGCCACCAGGUGGCGCUCUGUCUGCCAAACUGUUCUCCCACCUCCUCACUCUCGUCCGUCACCUUUUCUGAACUGUCUUCCAAGUGUCAUCAGUCUGUUACAAGUCCUGUAGUUCUUCCCUGUGUUUGCGAGUCGUGGCUUUCUGUGCUGAAACUACCUGGUGGAAGUUUGUCGCCUUUUCCUCCUGGACUAAAAAAAGAAAACAUGGAGUUCAGUUUGGGAAGGAGAAUCCUCCCUGAUCACCUUCCUUUGGGUGCUUCCUGUCUUUCUCCCCCACCACGCCUCCCCUCUUCUCACAAGCUGCAUCCAUCCGUUCAUCCAUCCAUCCAACAUCCAUCCAUCAGUUGACGACAGUGACCAUCAGGACUGGAAUCACCAAUCUGGAUUACUUGAAGAGGUUUAGGAGUUUUUUUUGGCCGUGUUUUUUUCGGUCCCUGGUGCUCCGGGUGGAGACGCCGGCAACGACCAGACAUUUGGAUUCUGACUUCAACCGCAAAAAAACUGAAGUUCUGUUGAAGGCGGGUCAGGCUGACCCCGCCCCCUCUACCUGUUUCACACACAUCAGUUACAGGCGCGGGCACUGACAGGUGUAGGUCACUAUACGUAGGUACGGAUGUAGCAGCGUGAGCAGGCUGAACACACAAACACACACAGCUCCAUCUGUUGCCUCAUGACUGGAUGUUUCCACUUUGAUCAGACCCACAUAGAGUCCACCACGUGGAGGAUCUGAGACUCUGAUGAUAUCACAGAGUGAUUCUGUCCCUCCUCUAAUGUUCAUGUGAAUCUGACAGGUGAAGAGAAGGAUGAGCGCUCCCUGCUUCUUGUUUUUGUUUAUAGGACAGAUGAUAUAUUUGCCUUAUCGUGUAUGUACUCUAACUUUUUUAAUGCUCAUGAUUAUCUUUUAAUGCUUUUUAAUUUCAAUUUGCAGUGUUUCUAGCGUUGUUGUUGUUGUUGUUGUUUAUGAUGGAGGUGGGGUUUGUGUCGGGCUGUUUAUAAAAACCUCUGUGGAUUUCAGAAACGGGAACACGAUUCACAACAAAAAGGGAAAGUGGACAUCAGGGCGUCAGAGGAUCAGCCUGUGAGCUCCGGGUGUUUCACGCUGAGGUCACAGCUCACUUCCUCUUCUGUUUUUGUUUUUGCCAAGAUGUUAGAGCAGCAUUUCAACAACAAACUCUGAAGUGACUGAAGCUCAUGGUUCCUCCAGCUCGUCUGUAAACACUACAACUGCAAAUUUCAAACCACAAAGAAAUGCUGAUUUGGGUUCAAAAGGAGCAAAGAGUUCAAAAUGUUACGGUAAAGAAGUCUUAAUACACGAACAGAGGUCCAGAUGAAUCCCUCACUACUUCCUGUUGUCAUGUUACCAUGUUUGUUGUAAGGUUUUUGCUCCAGUGUUGAGCUUUCACUGUGAAACAGUCACAUGACGUGCAGCCUGAGCGUUCGGAGGUGAAGUGGUUUUAGUUUUUUGUCCUGGUUCGUUGAGACGUGUUCAGCCUGUGGGUUGAUGUUCCAGCAGAGAGCCUGAAGUGUUUCUGUUCUUCACUUUCUUCCUCCAAAUCCAGAAUAGUUGGAAACAUGAAAAUGCAAAGCUGUACUUGUGUUCUUUCUUUUUUGUCGUUGGGUUAUCUUCAGGGAGAUUUGGAUCAUUUUCAGACGCCUGCCAUCGAUGCAUCAAACGUGUUUACUGAGGUUUAAAGGUGGAAAGAUUAAGAGCUACUAAAUAUCCAGAGAAGACAAACUUGUGCAUUUCCCAUAAAGCCAGCAAAGCCUUUGAAUGUGUGUGUGUGUGUGUGUGUGUGUGUGUGUGUGUGUGUGUGUGUGUGUGUGUGUGUGUGUGUGUGUGUGUGUGUGUGUGUGUGUGUGUGUGUGUGUGUGUGUGUGUGUGUGUGUGUGUGUGUGUGUGUGUGUGUGUGUGUGUGUGUGUGUGUGUGGCUGCAGCGACAGCAGGCUGCCACUAGGGGGCCUUCUUCCUGGGACGGUCACAUGACCCCUCCCUCUAAUGUGAUCGUCACCUGUCACCGGACAUUUGUGGGUUUCAGGUGUUUUGGGAGUUUUCCGCCUUCUCUGUCAGUAAAGAACUGCUGCUAGCUGUCCAAACAGACUCUAGGGGGCGCCGCAGCCUCCGCUCAUCAGUUUUACAUGGACUUUGCUUGCAGGCCGGACACUGGAGAGAUGAGUGAUGGAAGAAGAACGGAGGGAGGAACAAAAUAAGAGGAGAGAAGGAUCCCAGCUGGGGUUGGAGAUGUGGUUCAGAAGAAUAUGGCUGGUUUGAUGUCUGGAGACUGAAAAAAGGACAAAAUUCCAUAAAGCCAUAUGAAUACGAUGGAAGUGUAUAUGAACCAUUCUGAUAGUUCAUUGCAUUACGAUAUCCUAGGCUUGUCAUGAGGAAAAAAAGAUGAAAACCAGGAAAAAAGGAACAAAAAAAUAUAUAAAAUGGAAAAAUGUAAAAUACUUGAAUGAGAUCUUGUAUUAUAACAUUUAAUAUUCAUAAUAUCUGCUUUGUAGGCUGACGUGAUUCGCUAUUAGUGUUAUUUGUAAUUUGUAGUAAUUAUGCUUUCCUUAAUAAAGAAAAAAAAAACACAAAACGGACAAAAAAACCUCAAA